AUGGUCGGAGUCCAAGUGGAUUUCCGAGAAAAAAACGAACGAGUGUUGAAAUGCGUUCUUGUUGGUGAUGCUGCUGUUGGCAAAACAUCUUUAAUUGUAUCUUAUACGACAAAUGGAUAUCCAAAGCAUUAUGUUCCAACAGCUUUCGAUAAUUAUUCAGUUUUGGUAAGAGUUGAUAACCAACCGAUAAGGCUGCAACUUUGUGAUACAGCUGGACAGGCAGAGUUUGAUUCUUUGCGUCCGUUCAGUUAUCCAGACACUGAUGUAUUUUUAUUAUGUUUUAACGUUAUGCUGCCAGGAACAUUACGGUCAAUAACCGAUCAUUGGCUACCAGAAAUCACCAAAUCCGCACCAAAUACUCCAUUAAUUCUUGUGGGAACACAGUGUGACUUGAGGUCAAAUGUUGGCGUUGUAAUAGAACUUGAAGCAAAAGCUAGAUUACUGGGUGAAGAAUUGCAUGCGGAUUAUCUCGAAUGUUCAGCACUGACUCAACAGAAUUUAAAACAAGUGUUCGAUGCAGCAAUUUUAGCCGCACUUCGUGGAAAAAUUUCUCCAUCUUGCAACCAAUCUAUUGUCAAAGAGGGAAAAAAAUCCUUCAUCAAAGAAGGUUUUAAAAGGAUUGUAACGCUUACAAGGCGGUUAAUAUAA